UAAAUGGAAAAAGUAAACCAAUCUGUGGUGUCAAAAUUCAUUAUUCUUGGUCUUUGUGACUCAUGGGAGCUCCAGGUCUUCUUUCUAGUGACAUUUUCUUCACUUUAUUUGAUCACCGUGUUAGGCAACAUCUUCAUUGCGGUCAUAAUCAUUACUGACCCCCAUCUCCACUCUCCCAUGUACUUCCUGUUGGCCAACCUUUCCUUCAUUGACUUCUGCCUUUCCUCAGUCACUACCCCUAAAAUGAUCACAGACUUUCUCAAAGAAAAUAAGACCAUCUCUUUUGGAGGGUGUAUGUGUCAGAUUUUCUUUGGACACUUCUUUGGUGGAGGUGAGAUGGUACUGCUUGUUUCAAUGGCCUAUGACCGUUAUGUGGCCAUCUGUAAGCCACUCCAUUACUCUAGCAUCAUGAACACACAUAUGUGCUUUGGGUUAGUGAUGACAUCAUGGAUCAUUGGCUUUGUACAUUCAAUUAGCCAACUAGUUAUUAUUGUAAGGCUGCCAUUCUGUGGACCUAGAGAAUUGGAUAGUUUUUUCUGUGAUAUUCCAUUGGUGAUCAAGCUAGCAUGCACGGACACCUAUAUUCUAGAAAUUUUGAUAAAUGCUGACAGUGGCAUACUAGCAACCAUCUGCUUCAUUCUGUUGCUGUUCUCUUACUCUCAUAUUCUGUUUACUGUGUGCCUUCAUUCUAAGAGUGAGUCAUCCAAGGCUCUUUCUACCUGUACUGCCCACAUCACAGUGGUGGUGUUAUUCUUUGGGCCCUGCAUCUUCAUCUACCUGUGGCCAGUCAGCAUUACAUGGUUGGACAAGUUUCUUGCUGUGUUUUAUGCAGUGAUCACUCCUCUACUAAAUCCAGCCAUUUAUACCUUUAGAAACAAUGAGAUUAAAAUUGCCAUGAGGAGACUAAAAUGUUAG